AUGUUUCAAUCAUAGAAGUGGGCUGAAGAAAUAAAUUAGAAAUAAAUUCUUUUUUAUUGGAAUAUCCAUUUAUAGAACUAGUUUAUGUUAGUUGAUGUUAAUUUAUNUUGCAUGUAAUUGGCUUAAGAUUUUAAAUGCACAUAUAUGCAUUUAUAAUGUACAGAUAAUCUUAAUGGUGAAUGCUCUUGUGAAGAUGGUUCUACUUGUAGAUGGAAAGAUGGUAUUGGUGAUGAUAAUUGUCCUUGUGGAGGAGCAAAGCCUAGAAGAAGAAGAAGAAGAGUACACGAUGGUCUGUGA